CUUAAAUUGACGAAACGUUGGUGAAGUAUCAUGAGAAACUUUUUCCCGCUUGCAUUAUGCUGCAUUAUUCUAUUUUUCCUUAACGAGGGAAUAUCAUUAAGAUGCCGUUCGGGGAAUCAGGAAGUAAAUAUGCAAUUUCAAAAGGUACUGAAGACCUGUAAAAAGCGUUAUUCUGAUUCAAAUACAGACAGUGAAGAUUCUAUGUCUUCGGAAAGUGAUUCUAGUUCUGAAGAGGAUGUUGAUGAUAAUAAUUUUUUUUCCACAAAAAUGGAUAAGUCUCCUUACAAUCAAUCCAUGAAUACUCAAAGAUACAGAACUUCCGAAGGGAACAGUAACAUAAAAUCCUAUUCUUUCGAUCAUUCAACAAAUAGAAACGUCAGGGAUUUUCCAAAUUCAAAAAAUAUUCGUAACACCAAUGAUCGAAACUCGUGGAAUUCUUCAAAUCGGAAUAAUAAAAAAGAUGAAUUUUAUAACGAAGAUACACGCUACACUAACAAUACUGGCCAAGAACAAUCUUGUAUCGUGCAAUGUUUCUUCAACGAAUUGAACGUCGUAGACCAAAAAGGAUUCCCAGAACGAGAUUCGGUGAUUCCAUUGAUGAGUCAAAAUAUUCAAGAUCCGGAAUUGAAAGAUUUCGUUGAAGAAUCGAUCAUAGAAUGCUUUCGUUAUCUUGAAUCAAAUAAGAGGGAAAAGUGUGAAUUUUCUCAGAACCUUUUGAAAUGUUUAGCUGAAAAAGGACAUGAAAGGUGCGAAGACUGGGAAAAUUGA